AUGAUGUCAUUUCGUCUUACCGGCGGCACUAAAGAUUACAUCGUUGUUGGUUCUGACUCUGGAAGAAUUGUAAUACUGGAAUAUAUCCCAGCUAAAAACAUCUUAGAAAAAGUCCACCAGGAAACAUUCGGGAAAUCUGGAUGUCGUCGAAUAGUUCCCGGCCAAUAUUUGGCCAUUGAUCCCAAAGGUAGAGCUGUUAUGAUUGGUGCAAUUGAAAAACAAAAGUUAGUGUACAUUUUAAAUCGAGAUGCUGAGGCAAGAUUAACAAUUUCAUCACCUCUUGAAGCCCAUAAAUCAAAUACAUUAGUUUACCAUAUGGUUGGUGUGGAUGUUGGAUUUGAAAACCCAAUGUUUGCAUGUUUGGAAAUUGAUUAUGAAGAGGCUGAUUCUGAUCCCACUGGUGAAGCUGCUCAGAAAACACAACAAACUUUAACAUUCUAUGAAUUAGAUUUAGGCUUGAAUCAUGUUGUCAGAAAAUAUUCUGAACCUUUAGAAGAACAUGCAAACUUUCUCAUAACAGUUCCAGGUGGUAAUGAUGGCCCAUCAGAAACCGAUGAAGAUAUGGUAACAGAAAUAAAAUUAAAAUAUUUCGACACAGUACCGGUUGCAUCGUCUAUGUGCGUUUUGAAAACUGGGUUUCUCUUUGUGGCCUGUGAAUUUGGCAACCACUACUUAUAUCAAAUUGCACAUCUUGGUGACGAAGAUGAUGAGCCAGAAUUCAGUUCAGCUAUGCCAUUAGAGGAAGGAGACACUUUCUUCUUUGCACCCCGACCAUUGCGAAAUCUAGUGUUGGUUGAUGAGCUAGAUUCACUUUCUCCUAUAUUGGCCUGUAGAGUAGCCGAUUUGACUGGUGAAGAUACUCCUCAAGUUUACCUAGCAUGCGGGCGUGGUCCUAGAUCCUCUUUGCGAGCAUUACGACAUGGUUUAGAAGUAGCCGAAAUGGCCGUGUCAGAAUUACCAGGUUCACCUAAUGCUGUAUGGACUGUGAGGCGACACAAAGAUGAGGAAUAUGAUUCAUACAUCAUUGUAUCAUUUGUAAAUGCUACACUUGUGCUGUCCAUUGGUGAGACUGUUGAAGAAGUGACUGACUCUGGGUUUUUGGGAACUACACCAACGCUUAGCUGUCAUGCUUUAGGCAGUGAUGCACUAGUGCAAGUUUAUCCUGAUGGUAUCAGACAUAUCAGGGCAGAUAAAAGAGUCAAUGAAUGGAAAGCUCCGGGCAAGAAAUCUAUUGUAAAGUGUGCUGUGAACCAAAGACAAGUGGUCAUUGCUCUGACUGGCGGUGAACUUGUAUAUUUUGAGAUGGACCCUACUGGACAAUUAAAUGAAUACACUGAAAGAAAGAAAUUGUCCUCUGAUGUGUCCUGUAUGGCUCUAGGCUCAGUUGCAACUGGCGAGCAGAGAGCUUGGUUUUUGGCUGUAGGGUUGACUGAUAAUACUGUAAGAAUUAUCUCUUUGGAUCCAUCGGAUUGCUUGGCACCUCGCUCAAUGCAAGCAUUACCAGCAGGCGCCGAAUCAUUAUGCAUUGUGGAGCAACCAUUUGAAUCUGGUGCCAAAUCUGCUCUACAUCUGAAUAUAGGGUUAAGCAAUGGUGUUCUAUUGAGAACUACUUUGGACUCAGUGAGUGGGGAUUUAGCUGACACAAGAACUAGGUAUUUGGGGUCUCGACCUGUUAAGUUAUUCAAAGUCAAAGUGCAGGCGACUGAGGCAGUACUUGCAGUGUCUUCUAGAACAUGGUUGGGAUAUCACUAUCAAAAUCGCUUCCAUUUGACGCCGCUAUCUUAUGAAUGCUUAGAAUAUGCUGCAGGCUUUAGUUCAGAACAAUGUGCUGAAGGUAUUGUUGCCAUUUCCUCAAACACCUUGAGAAUUCUCGCAUUGGAAAAAUUGGGAGCCGUUUUUAACCAGACUUACCUGCCAUUAGAAUAUACGCCAAGAAAAUUUGUAAUAAAUACAGACAACAAUCAUAUUAUAGUUCUGGAGACUGAUCACAAUUCUUAUACAGAAGAAAUGAAAAAGCAGAGAAGAAUUCAAAUGGCGCAAGAAAUGAAGGAAGCUGCAGCGGGCGGUGGACCAGAGGAGCAGCAACUGGCCAAUGAAAUGGCUGAUGCCUUUCUAUCUGAUGUCUUGCCUGAAAAUGUCUUCUCUUCGCCAAAAGCUGGUGCAGGUAUGUGGGCAUCUCAAAUAAGAGUCAUUGAUAUGGGAAUUGGUGGAGCUCAGCCUAAUACACUGUUUAAGUUGCCUUUGGAGCAAAAUGAAGCGGCGGUGUCCCUGUGCAUCAUACGUUGGGCCGCCCACGCCGAACACGCUCAGCCGCAUCUAGUUGUUGGAGUGGCUAAAGACAUGAUACUCUCUCCAAGAUCUUGUACUGAGGGCAGUUUACAUGUGUACAAGAUAUUCGCAAAUACUGGCAAACUGGAACUCGUCCACAAAACUCCUAUAGAUGAGUAUCCAGGAGGAUUAGCAGCUUUCAAUGGAAAACUACUGGCAGAUUAUGAUACUGUGGCCAUGUCUGACAAGUUUGCUAAUAUAGCUGUGAUGAGAUUGCCACAUUCUGUCAGUGAUGAUGUUGAUGAAGAUCCUACUGGGAACAAAGCACUUUGGGAUAGAGGUUUGCUGAAUGGUGCAUCACAAAAGGGUGAAAUAGCUGUCAAUUUCCACGUUGGAGAAACUGUCACAUCCUUACAAAGAGCCACACUGAUUCCCGGAGGAUCUGAAGCGCUACUUUAUGCCACCGUCAGUGGAUCUCUUGGAGUUCUGCUGCCGUUCACUUCUAGAGAGGACCAUGACUUCUUCCAGCACUUGGAAAUGCACAUGAGGAGUGAAAACUCCCCGCUAUGUGGCAGAGACCAUUUAUCGUACAGGAGUUACUACUACCCUGUUAAGAACGUUAUAGACGGCGAUCUGUGCGAACAAUUCAAUUCGCUCGAGCCGGCGAAACAAAAGGCCAUCGCGGGCGACCUUGAGCGAACGCCCGCCGAAGUCUCGAAGAAACUGGAAGAUAUAAGGACUAGAUAUGCCUUU